ACGUCGGCGAGCGGCGCUGUUCUCUGUCGUCUGGUCCCUGCAGCUAGAUGUGGCGUGUUGGUUCCUCACGUUUUUUCCGCGGGUGGCCGAAGUGUGUUUGAAUCCUGUCCGCCACCUCUUAGCGAGGGGGCAGUUUUGAAGAAACCGGAGCCUGGGUGAUGGCGCCAUUGCGUCCCGGGACCUUCUCCUGACGCCUCCGCUGCGCAGGGGAAUGUGGACGCUUGCAGGUCAGGGUUGGUGGCGCGGACGCGCGCUCGCGGCCUGGGUCACCGAGGCGGCGCGUAAGGGGCUUCUCUGGCCUCACCUCGCGCCGGCCCGGGGGACUGCAGCCGAGUCCAGGGCUCCGGACCGGCGCUACAGCUCUGCAAACCGCAAGGAAAAAAUUGAUAUGUCUUGUUUUCCCGUUGAAAACACUAGAAAUUUCAGUAUCAUUGCACAUGUGGAUCAUGGCAAAAGUACUUUAGCAGACAGGCUCCUGGAACUAACAGGGGCAAUUGAUAAAACAGAAAAUAAUAAACAAGUUCUUGAUAAAUUGCAAGUGGAACGAGAAAGAGGAAUCACUGUUAAAGCACAGACAGCAUCUCUUUUCUAUAACUACGAAGGAAAGCAGUACCUUUUAAAUCUUAUCGAUACACCAGGUCAUGUUGAUUUUAGUUAUGAAGUAUCCAGGUCACUCUCUGCUUGCCAAGGUGUUUUACUUGUGGUUGAUGCAAAUGAGGGUAUUCAAGCCCAAACGGUAGCGAAUUUUUUUCUUGCCUUUGAAGCACAGCUAUCAAUAAUUCCAGUUAUAAACAAGAUAGAUUUGAAGAAUGCUGACCCUGAAAGGGUUGAAAAACAAAUUGAAAAGGUGUUUGAUAUUCCAGGUGAUGAAUGUAUUAAGAUUUCUGCUAAACUUGGAACGAAUGUUGAAAGUGUUCUUGAUGCAGUCAUCAAAAGGAUACCCUCCCCUAAAGCACAUUGCAGAAAUCCCCUGAGAGCUUUGGUAUUUGACUCCACCUUUGACCAAUAUAGGGGUGUGAUUGCCAGUGUAGCAUUAUUUGAUGGAAUGGUUUCGAAAGGAGAUAAAAUUGUAUCUGCACACACUCAAAAGACAUAUGAAGUUAAUGAAGUAGGAGUUCUGAAUCCUAAUGAGCAGCCAACUCAUAAACUAUAUGCAGGACAGGUGGGCUAUCUGAUUGCUGGGAUGAAAGAUGUCACUGAAGCACAAAUAGGAGAUACAUUAUAUUUACAUAAACAACCAGUGGAACCCUUGCCUGGGUUUAAAUCAGCGAAGCCAAUGGUAUUUGCAGGAGUGUUCCCUGUAGACCAAUCUGAAUAUAAUAACCUGAAGAGUGCUAUAGAAAAACUGACACUAAAUGAUUCCAGUGUGAUGGUUCAUCGGGAUAGUAGCCUUGCUCUAGGUGCUGGCUGGAGGUUAGGAUUUCUUGGACUUUUGCAUAUGGAAGUUUUCAACCAGAGACUAGAACAAGAAUAUAAUGCCUCUGUUAUUUUGACAACCCCUACUGUUCCAUAUAAGGCUGUUCUUUCAUCAGCAAAAUUGAUAAAGGAAUACAGAGAAAAGGAGAUUACAAUCAUCAAUCCUGCACAGUUCCCUGAUAAGUCAAAAGUAAUAGAAUAUUUGGAGCCAGUUGUUUUGGGCACCAUUAUCACACCAGAUGAAUAUACUGGGAAAAUAAUGAUGCUUUGCCAGGCUCGAAGAGCAGUUCAGAAGAAUAUGAUGUAUAUUGAUCAAAAUAGAGUAAUGCUUAAAUAUCUCUUCCCUUUGAAUGAAAUUGUGGUGGAUUUUUAUGAUUCUUUGAAAUCUCUGUCUUCAGGAUAUGCUAGUUUUGAUUACGAAGAUGCAGGCUACCAGACUGCAGAGCUUGUAAAAAUGGAUAUUCUACUGAAUGGAAAUACUGUAGAAGAGCUAGUAACUAUAGUACACAAAGACAAAGCAUACUCUGUUGGCAAAACCAUAUGUGAACGUCUGAAGGAUUCUCUUCCUAGGCAGCUGUUUGAGAUAGCAAUUCAAGCUGCCCUUGGAAGUAAAAUCAUUGCAAGAGAAACUGUGAAAGCCUAUAGGAAAAAUGUUUUGGCAAAAUGUUAUGGUGGUGAUAUUACCCGAAAAAUGAAGCUUUUGAAGAGACAAGCAGAAGGAAAGAAAAAACUCAGGAAAGUUGGCAAUGUUGAAGUUCCAAAAGAUGCUUUUAUAAAAGUUCUGAAAACACAAUCUGAUAAAUAAUUGGUGGGAAAAUAUAAGGAAUUUUCAUAAAUUAAAAA